UGCGCCGUGUGCGGCGAGGAGGACUCGUUCGAGGACAACCCGAUCGUGCUGUGCGACCGGUGCGACCUCGCGGUGCACCAAAAUUGCUACGGCGUGCACCGGCUGCCGCAGGGGGAGUGGCUCUGCGACCCGUGCGCCGCCGGCGAGACGACGAGCACGCUCGGGUGCCCCGGCUGCCCUCGCAAGGGCGGCGCCUUGAAGCGGACGCGCGACGGGGAGUGGGGCGGCUGGGCUCACGUCGUGUGCACGCUCUUCCUGCCCGAGACAGGCUUCCUCGAGCCCGAGGCGCUCGACCGGGCGGCCGGCUUCGACCUGAUCCACCCGGACCGCAAGAAGCUCAAGUGCCACCUGUGCGACGAUGCGGGCGACCGCGUCUGCGGCGGAAAGAUCCAGUGCACCCACGGCAGGUGCCAAAAGGCCUUCCACCCGACCUGCGGCAUGGCGCACGGCCUCACGAUGCAGAUCACCGACGAGGGCAACAUCGGCUACUGCGCGGCGCACGCGCCGGGCGCGCCGGCAAAGGCGCGCGCGCAGGGGCGGCGGCGUAAGAGCAAGGCCUAA